GUGUGUCCACGGCCUACGUUUGUUUGUUUGACAAGUUUCUACGUGUGUGUGUGCGUUUGCAGUGAUAUUUAUUUACAAAAUUUGUUUUAAAUGACAUUUCUUGGUAAAAAGAAUGGGGUACUGCUAGCCGCGUGAUAUUUGGCUAAAAAACGGAGGGUAGCGUUGAACCUUUUCCUGGAGUAGGCACUGGUUUGAUGGGUUUUCGAUUGUUUGGUUGCUAGCAACCAUGGGACGUCAGGAGAUGUCGGGUAUUAGUCGUAAAUUUCACAUCGGAUGGUAAGGCUAACGAUUUCACUGGCGCAGGAAGAAGUGCGAUAAGCUAUCGAAGUUUUGAAGACGACGGAACACUCUGAUAAAAGCGGAUCGUCGAAAUGGAACGAUUAGGUAUUCGAUGUUGUGGGGUAGGCGUAGCAAUCCCGCUAUCCGAGACGGAACCAUCCGAUCUAACGGUGCACGAUGCCGUUUAUGGUACGUUUCAUUUACCAUCGUAUGUACGAACGGUCGUGAAUACGGUAGAGUUUAAGCGUUUGAAGCAUUUGAAGCAGUUAGGCGUAUCGAAUGCAGUUUUUCAAACGGCUUUACACACAAGAUACGAUCACUCGCUGGGAGCAUGUUACCUUGCCGGAAGAUUGCUGAACGAAGUGAAUAAGACACUGGACAAACCAAUCACCGAGGACGAAAGGAAGUGUGUUUUGUUGGCUGCCGUUUUGCACGAUUUAGGCCAUGGACCUUUUUCUCAUUUGUGGGAAAAGUUUGUCGAAGUAUAUGGAGUUCCUUGGCGGCAUGAACGGUCGUCUGUAGAGCUUGCGAGAAGUGUACUGAACCGCAUGGAAGAUGUAUCGGAAAAGCAGAUCAAUUUGAUAUGCGCUCUGAUAGGAGGUGAGGCGUCCGUACUUUUGGACGCGGAUAGACAGUUUAUGACGCAAAUCGUUAGCAGUGAUGUGGAUGUGGAUCGUUGUGACUACCUGCAACGUGACGCUCAUAGUGUGCCGGGUAUCAUUAAACCUUCCCGGCCGUUCCGGCGAAUGUUUGAUCGAGUACGAGUCGCCACCGUGCAGGGGAAAGCACAGCUUGCGUAUCAUUGGGAAGACUAUCCACUGGUGUACGAAAUGGCAUGUGCCCGACAAAUGUUUCAUUGUCGUUGCUACCAAGACCCGAAAGUGUUGGGCGCAGAGCUAAUGAUGCUGGAUGUGAUGCAUGAAGCCGAACGGGCGGGUUUUCGAUUCUCGCGAGAGGGACAAAGCGAGCAACUUUCAAAAAUACAUGGCAAACCCGAUCUAUUUAAGUAUUUAGACGAUGAUAUUAUUGCAGAGCUGGCUUGUAGUAACCUACCGCAGCUCGAAAGAGCCAAAGCAAUAAUAAAUCGUUUGCAGAACAAAGAUCUGUACCAAGAAAUAAUGCGUUUUUCAGUCGAUAUGGGCAAACAGGUACAAAAAUUCAAUGCCCAACAGGGAGAACCCGUUGCAGUACAAGCGGUACGGUGUGUAAAAUCUGCGCAACAAUGGUUUUCUAGCUUUAACGUUACCUUCUACAAGCCCGAUACCGAUGGUGGUAUCGAGGUUGUUUCCCUUGAGGAAGCACGGGACCUGAACCAAACCGUUUCAUGUGAGUCGAUUGAUGAGAUUAAGGAGUACAUCAUCUACUGUACCAGUGUCGAUCCGGAAGUACAAAGAAAUGCUAGGCAGCACUUUACCCGUCUACUAAAUGGAACGACAAUCGGAAGCUAGUCGUCGUUUUUUGUUUGUUUGUUUGUUUAUGUAUGGGAUUCACGUAAAACGUUAAAUUUAUUUUUUUCUUCUCAUUUCUCACUUUUUCAAAGAGGCUUUUACUGUGUUUCCCUAGCAGUAAGUUACGAUAGAGAACGCCCCACAAGUUAUUUAGCGUUCAUAUUUUAGCACCAGUGUGAAUUUAGAUUAAAAGAAGAAUUAUAUUGAA